UCAAAAGAAGAGAGAGGGGAGGAGAGAGAGGCAGACAGCAGGCUGGGAAGAGUGAGAGCGAGAGAGAGAGAGUGAGAGUGAGAGAGAGAGAGAGACAGACAGCGACAACGAACGCUUUGACACUUUUUUGACAAGCUCCAGCAAACCCUCCCCGCUUCAGACAUGGCCACGGAUUCCUUCAGACCAGCCGCCCUACCUGACGCUUCCCUCCGCACCUCUCUCAGGACAUGGCAGACCACUUCAGAUCCGAUCUUUGGACCCUUCCAAUCAACAACACCUUUUGGUUUCUCUCUUCAAACGUUUGACCGACUCCGGCAAAGUUCCACCACCUCAGACUCAACCACGACUUCCUUCAGAUCAGCCACACCUUCUGAUGCUCCUCUACCGGACACACCCGUACCCAUCUCCCACCUCAUCACCUGUUCCAUCUGCAUGGAUGUGCUGGGCGAGCCCGUCACCACCACCUGUGGCCACACCUUCUGUAAGCCUUGCCUGGACCGCCACCUGACUCUCAACGACCUGGUGUGCCCUCUGUGCAAACAGUACCUGUCGAUGAGGCCGAACGUGAAUAUCGUGCUGAAAUCUAUUCUGGAGGAGUACAACAAAGCCCAGAAGAGCCCGGAGGAGUUCGCUUUGGCACCAGACGAGGUGGCUUGCGACAUCUGCCCCGAGAAUCGCAAGCGUAAAGCGGUCAAAUCCUGCCUGAUGUGUCUGCUGUCGUACUGCACUCGCCAUCUGAAAAGACACCAAAAUAAGCUGCGACUGAAGGGCCACAAGCUGGUGGCUCCGGUUGAGAAGCUGGACGAGCGGGCGUGCUUGGCCCAUGGCCGGCCUCUGGAGCUCUACUGGGCCAAAGAAGACAAGUGCAUCUGCAGCCUGUGUGUAGAGGAAGCGACAGAGGUGGUGUCUGUGGAAACUGAAAGAGGCAGGAGGGAGAGAGAGCUGGGCGAUGUUAUACAAGACAUUGAACAGAGAAUACAGCAGAGGGAGGAGAAAGUGAAGGAGUUUGAGCGUUCAAAAGCAAACUGUCUGGCUCUGAUUGAUCGAGAGCAGGAGGAGAUAAAAGAGGUGUUUGAUGCUGUGAGGGAGACGGUGGCCAGAGCAGAGGAGGAGGCGCUGAGCGCGCUGAAGGAGAAGAGGAGGAGUGUGGAGAACGAGGAGAAACAAUUCAAGCAAGAGCUGCAGAGAGAGAUCACUACGUUCUCCAAGACCAUCGCUGACCUGAAGAAGAUCGCAGUGGAAGAAGACCACAUCCUCUUCCUACAGAUUUAUCCCUCUGUCCCAGCGCCAGACAAUGGAAAAGACUGGACUAAUGUUGCCAUGGAUACAGCCUUGACUUUUGGCACGUUGAGGAACACACGGACAACCAUGAUGUCUGAUAUUGAGACUGAGCUGGAGAAACUCUCCAAUAUUGAAAUUGAGAGGAUUAAGAAGUUUGCAGUGGACGUGACUCUGGAUGCAGACACUGCUUAUGCUCAGCUACUGGUUUCUGAUGACGGCAAAGAAGUAAGUGACUCUGGAGAAAGGAAGGAUGUUCCCGACAUCGCUGAGAGGUUCGAUAUGUUCGGCAGUGUCUUGGGCCAGAACGGGCUCACCGAGGGCAAGGCCUUCUGGGUGGUGGACGUCGGGGACAAAAAAGGGUGGGAUAUUGGGGUGGCAAGAGAGGAGGCCAACAGGAAGGGGAAAUUGUCCCUCAAACCAAGCCAAGGCUACUGGGCCAUUGUGCUUUACAAUGGGGAUCAGUACGCAGCUCUGGAAGACCCUCCGACUCUGCUCUCUCUCCCAGACAAGCCCCAGAAAGUGGGAGUGUUCGUGGACUACCAGGAGGGGCUGGUCUCCUUCUAUGAUAUGGAAGCCAAAAAUCACAUUUACUCAUUCACUGACUGUGUGUUCAAUGAAGUGAUUCGGCCCUACUUUAGCCCUCAUUUUUGUCAGGGUGGUGAUAACUCAAGCCCACUGGUCAUUUGCCCUGUCGAUCACAGUGACUGAAUUCUCUAGUUAAUUGUACAGGCAAGUUUAGGCUGACUGUAAAGUUACAGUUAUACGCAAAAGUUUAAAUACCUCUGGUUAGGUUUCAAGUUGAUUUUCUAAGUGAAAAUAGGCUAACACAUCCUCGAUAGAGAAUACAGUUAAAUAUGCCAUUUUUCUGGUAAUUUUAGGGCACAAUUUCUGCUAGUUUUACCAUAUUGAAAACAAUAUUAAACUUUUUAUGUUAAAUUUUUUUCCCCAAUAUGUUAAAUUCAGCAAAUAAACAGUAAUUUUGCAUUGAAAUGUGCAGAAGUUUGUUCUGAUGUGUUUACCUACCUUCAAUUACAAAAUCAACAGAACUUGUCAUUUGACCAGGGCGCCUAAACUUUUGCAUAUGAUUAUAUGUUGCACAAUGUCAUUGGCGGAGCUGUAAAUGUAAGAAACAGUCAGUAAUACAGGCAAAAGCAAGUUAUGUGCCUGCAAAUCUAUAAAAAAUAUUAAUUUUAAAUAUAUUUUAGAUAUAGGUAUAAUAAAUAUAUUUCUUUAUGUUGCUUGUAUUAGUUUACAUUUUUAGUGGCAAUUUCCCUCGAUUAUUUAUACAUAUAUUUUGAUGAUAAAUGAAGUAAUGUUAUUUUUAAGGCCAUGCAAUAUCAAUAACCUUAACUGAGCUAUAACAUACAAUUACGUCUUUGUAGGAUUCCAAAAUACUAGAAAGCAAUAAAAAGCCUAUAUGGAAAAUAUUGAAAAUGAAUUCUCAGGUCAUGCUCAGGUAUCAGCAAAUGCAACAUUUUAAAAGUGAGUUUUAGUGUUAAGAACUGUGAAAUCUUCAGAAAGAUUUAGUGCUAGUUUGAGCCAGUCAUUUUAUAAAAUUGUCACAAGUGUCCUUAAUAUUUUAUAGCAAUAAAUAUUCUGAGUACCACCCAUGUGAUUAUACUGAUUUGUACUGGUUCUAUUGGAAAUCAAAUGUUAAGCUAGCACAAGGCUAAUGGUGAUGUACAUUCACUUCCCAUACAAAACUUGGGUUAAAACUUCUUAGGCCAGCUCCACUUAGAAACACUGCCAUUUGAAGCAUUUGCUGUUCAAAGGGCAUUUUCUUUACUUUGUAUACAGCAGUUUCACAGCUUCAACCUUCCCCAGACUGAAUGAUGACAGUGUUCCAUUAUUGAUUUUUCAUUUUAUUGAUUGAUUGAUUGAUUGAUCGUUAUUUUGGUCGAGGCCCUCAAUGGCAGCACUGCGUUGGCAAAUGCUUGGUCAUGGAUGUGGAUAUUAGCUGUUCUGAACAAAGAACCUAUUUAAGGAUCUAAGAAAUGGAAGUGUCUCAUUUUGAAAUAAUAGUGAGAAAAAGAAAAAUGCUCAAUGUUAGACUUGAUUCCUUGCUUUUAUUUUUCAGUGGAACUGAAAUAUUUUUACACUGUUGAAAAGUUUUUAAAGCUUUUUUACUGUUUUCUUCUCACUCUUGUUAAUCUGAAU